UGUGCCAUUAGAGAAGCUGCUGUAAAUGUCAGACAGAGGCUGUUUGUUCAGGGUGAUUGCAGUUUCAUGAGGAACAUCAGUCUCUCUGACAGCAGUUUACUAAGCCCACAUCCUGUAUAUACCUGCUGUGAUAAGAGGAACAUUGUCAGACGGAUGGGGCUCGCAAUCCCAAGCAGGUUGCCAGAUGACAGUGCCCAUUUCUUACUCGAACCCCGUCAGUUUACCAAUGUGAACUAAUCUCAGACUCUGAGAAAACAUGAAUGAGCUGUACAUUUCCCGACAUAACCGAGCAACUAUUUAUUUACUGUAAUCCUUUGGCUUCAGUUAUUCGUCUCAGAUGUCAUGGCAGACCAGGAGGAUUCAUUGCGAGCUAUGCAGAACUGCUUCCGCAGUCAGUUUAGUAUGGAGGAGGUUGAGUGUGAAGACAUUGAAGCGAGCAGGAGAACAUCAUCGGUUGAUGAAGACAGUAUCUAUCUUGCCUGCACACUGUCACGAUCAUACGACCUCGGAGACUCUGAUCUUCACCAUACUCCUGUUAUCAAGAUGGGCUGGCUGGACAAGACCCCACCUCAGGGGAGCCUUAUUUUCCAGAAGCGUUGGGUGAUGUUGGAUGCACAGUACCUGCGAUACUUUCAAAAUGAGAAGGAGGUCUACUCAAAGCGGAUCAUAGCCAUACUGUUUGUCACUGACGUGCUUAACGUUGGAGAGCAGAAGUUUGAGGUGGUGACAAGGAACAGGACUUUCUUGUUCCGUGCAGAAAACAACACUGUCAGGGAGGAAUGGGUGUCAGUACUGAAAGAAACUAUUCAGCAGCAUCGUAGCAGCAUGGAGAUGUCCCUUAUGAACUUCAGUUUUACUAGUGGACAGCGUGAUAGUGGAGUCUCUCUCAUUAGUAAACAAGGAUACCUGGAGAUGAAUGGACUGCGAUCCAAGGUCUAUGUAGUCAUCUGUGCUGACAGGGUCUUCCUCUACGGGAACGCUGAGGAGCACAGCCAGGGUGUUGGCAUCACCUACAUUGAGAUGAAUGUGGGUACUGUGAAGUGCACAGACAAACGGGCCUUCAACCUCACCACCUUCUACAGAACAUUCAGUUUCCUGGCCGAGUCGGCACAGCAGAGGGAUCAGUGGGUGGAGGCCCUGCAGGACUGUGUCAGUCGCUCUCUGUCCAGCGAUGUGGUGGCCCAGAAGAUCUGGGCUGUGGAGGCCAACCAGCGCUGUGCAGACUGUGGCGCCCCCCAUCCAGACUGGGCCUCUGUCAACCUCUGUGUGGUCCUUUGCAAGUGCUGUGCAGGCGUGCACAGGGGUCUGGGCCAGAGUGUGUCCAAAGUUCGCAGUCUGAGAAUGGAUGAAAAGGUGUGGACUGAUAACCUUAUUCAGGUGUUCCUGUUAGGUAACAACAGGGUAAACCUGUUCUGGGCAGCUAACACACCACCAAGCGAGGCACUCCAACCAUCAAGUGAUAGUGAGAAGCGCCAGCGCUUUGUCUCUGCUAAGUACUGUCAGGGGAAAUAUCGCCGCUACCAUGCUCUGUUUGGCCAACAGGAGGCCCUCAACAAAGCUCUGUGCAGUACCGUUCAGACGGAUGAUGUAUUGGAGACUCUGUCUCUGGUGUUCUGUGGAGCAGAUGUGAACUGUUAUACAGGUGAUCCAGAGCUGCCCAGCCCUGUGUCUGUGGCCCAACACUAUGGACAGAUAUUACAGGUGGAGUUCUUAACUCACAACCACAACACAGAUCUGCCAGGGUCUAGGGCUGGAAAUCACACACUCCUAGAGGCUGCUCUCCCUGUCUCACACACUGGUUAUCUCUUCAAGACCGCUUCUUCAAUACGGCCAGUAACAGAGUGCAAAGCAAAAGGAGAUUUUAGCCGUCGCUGGUGCUCUCUGAACCAAGGUAACUUCAGCUACUAUGAGAGUGAGAAGAGCUCCAGUCAGAGCGGCGGGAUGAAGAUGAGUGAUGUCCUGUGUCUGUUGGUCAAUCCCCCAGGGAAACAUGGUUAUGCCCAUUCCUUUGAGCUGUACCAUGACUCUGGGAGAGUCUAUCUAUUUGGAGAAGACUCCUCUGACAAAGUGAAAGGGUGGAUCAAGGCCAUCGCCAAGGCGCUGGUCCCCUCUGCAGCAGAGGACCUGGUGUGCUGGCCCUUUGCGAGGGUGGGUCGGUUGAGCUACACUGAGGGCCAGAGCCACCAUAGCCCCCUCCUGGGCUGGUUCUCCCUGGGGGGCUCCAGACUGCUCCUACUCCUCCACGGAGCAGAUCGAGUGGAGAACAUCGACCUGCGCAAAAUAAAGGAGCUCUCCAUGGAGCAGGAGGCUGGUGCUGGUGCUGUGGUGCUGGUGGACGGAGGCAGGAGCCUGCGUGUGGAGGGGGACAGGAGGCCUGACUUCCAGGGCUGGCUGAGUGGGCUCCAACAGGGCUCAGGCAGAGGAGAUGGCCCCCUGGACCAGCAGCAGCUCACUGACACAGACGUCCCUGUCAUCGUGGACCGCUGCAUGAGCUACAUCACACAGCAUGGUUUGAAGUCAGAGGGCAUCUAUCGGAGGUGUGGUGUGAACUCCAAGAUCGCCGCCCUGCUGUUCUUUCUCCGCCAUGAUGCCCGGCAGGUCCGUCUGAAUGAAGGGGGGCGCCAGGUGGAUGACGUGGCAAACGUCCUGAAGAGGUUCCUCAGGGAAGUGGGAGAGGGGGUUUUCAAUGGCCAUCAGGCCUCUCUGCCAUGGCUCCACACCACUACUGUCAGUGAGAUGAGUGAGAGAGUGUCCCAGUACCAGGCCCUCCUCCACAGACUCCCGCGAGUCAACAGAGCCACUCUGGGGGCUGUCAUCAACCACCUCUACUGCGUCCAGUGCUUUGCAGAUGAGAAUCAGAUGAACAUGCACAACCUGGCCAUUGUGUUUGGUCCCACGCUCUUCCAGAUGGACGGCACUGAUAACAGCGCAGGACAGGUGGUAGAGGAUCUCAUCCAGAACUACCAGGACAUCUUCAAUGUGGAUGCAGAGCAGUUUCAGAGACAGUUGGACAUGAUCUCGCAUGUCAUCAAAGCACAGAAGGAACACACAGAGGAGGGAAGCCCCUCACCUCUCACCAUCUGCGGGGUUUACCUGGAGAGGAAGGAGGAGGGCUCUGAGCUGCUGGUUCAGAUCUCCCAGGAAGUGAGUGCUGAAGAGCUGGUAUGUAAGGUCCUGAGACGCAGGAAAAUCCCUCCACAGCAGGGGGACUACUGGAGCUGCUUCCUGGUCGACAACAACCAGGAGAUAGAGCGUCCAUUGCACUAUCAGGAGCAAGCGCUGACUAUCUAUUUCUCUCUGGGUAAAGACUGUCAUCUGGUGGUCAAGAAGAACUGCUACAUGGAGGCCAUUCUUACCUACAUAGCAGGCAGGGUAGAUGUCUCCCGAAACGGCCUGAUCAAGUUCUGUGAAGAGAAAGGUCAAAGGGGUAAGGGAACCUUCAGCAGACGCCUCUGUGUGCUCAGUGGCUUGUCUCUAAGGCUGUACAAAGAUGUGAAGAGUUCUCAGCCUGAGAGGGAGUGUCAAAUCCACGCUCUGAAGGUCUACUGUGGUAUCAAGAGGAAGUUACAGCCACCGUCAUGCUGGGGGAUGACUGUAGUGUGUGAGAAGGCAGUACGAGACAUACAGCAAUGGUACCUGUGCUGUGAAUCAAAGACCGAGCUGAUCGAGUGGCUGGCCACUUUUAUGAGCCUCCAGCAUGAUGGCGAUCUGUGGCCAGCAGCUUCCAGGCUAGAUUCCUGAUCUGAGGCUAAAGGGGAAAUAACCUGAUCCUGCUUUCCCAUCCCAUCUACUACUAGAAAUGUUUUCAAGUCUUCAGGUCUUUCCUGGAAAGAAAUGCGCUUUCACUGUAUAUCAAAUCAAUAACCUCAAAGUAUAUAUUUUCUCUGUCAAUAUUUGGUUGAACCUAUUUAUAACCCACAGCUAUGGUAAUAACAGGGGAGGCAGUAUAGAACUACACUAUAUCAACAAACUCCCAUUCUAAAAAUGAGUAACAAUAAUAUUAGAGGCACAUGAGAAAUAUAAUCUAAACGCGAUGUUGACUUUGAGGUUCUCUUUUAUGGGGACAUAAUGACCAUGUUGGAGAGCUGCAGUCGUAAAGCCAUCUAAGAUGAGACACAGUGCUUUCUGUUCAUGUCAUUAUGGUAACAGUGGUGGUCAGUAAUGAUUGGAGAGCAGGAUUUCUACGCUGUCACUACUCAAGACCACAGCUUGUUGCAUUACAGAGAUGUGCAGUUUAUAUUACUUUCAUUAAUUUCAUUAGCUCAUCCUUUAACAGAACCUUAACAUGAAAAGGAAUCUGAGUUGUAAGGCUAGCUAGACAGCACCCUUAGAGCAGCCAGGGCAGGGAAAGGAGACCGAUCCGGUUGCUAUUGCAGAUUCAGCAUCGAUCUAGUGCCGGGCUGGUCGAAGCCCCAGAGGUUUCUCUCUCUCUCUCUGUAUCUAAAUCUGGGUCGUUCCACCAAGUCGGUGGCUUUUGAGAAGUGUAACUUUAAAAACAUUUUUAUCUUCAUAAAAAAACACGUUUUAAAUAACGUUUCAAAUAAAGUAACAGAGUUGACCGUAACAGGGUUGAUGAUUUCAUUUUUUUAAAGCCUGAAAUCCCCUUGUGACAGGGGGAAUGGAAGCUUAUUGUGUACAACAGGGAGUGGCAGUUGAAUGCAAUCUUCACAACAUCAACACAAAUAUUUUUGGGAUGUUGUUGUUAAGUUGGUUAAAAUCCUCCUAGAUGUCAGAGAGGGACCUGUCAAAAAGCUGACUUUUAGAACUAGUAAAUCUUUAUUCAUAUACAAAAAAUCUGAUUGAUUGAAUUCUUCAUGUUGUCUAUAUUAAAGAUGCACUCGGGGAUCUUAAGCAUAACACAUUUGUUGCAUAAUGCACAAAUUAUUUUACCAUAUCACACAAAAUUGCAAAAUACAUAUGAUUUCAUGCAAAUUGCAAAAUGUGUAACAUAUCACAUGAAAUGAACGACGUAGUACACAAAAUAACAGAGAGCACUUUCGGCUCUGAGCACCACUUUCCAGACUACUGGCUGAAAUUAUACAAAAGUUAGAGAGAACAUCUUUAAAAGGCCUUUCAUUUCAUAUAUACCAAGCAAUAAACACUACAUAUUGGUGCACAAUUUCUACUUCAAAUAUCAAAGGGAUGCAAAUGCCACUCUUUUUGUGGAACAACCCAUCUCCUCUUCACGAGCUGCAGAGAUGCUGCUGCUCACAUAGACACCAUAACAGCAUUCCGCUGUACUGAGAGGGUGGACUGGGGUUAGAGCUGUGAAGACGGGACCCUGUUCCAGCUGUUUGGGACUGUGACUGACAGGUGACAGAGAUGGGCCAGGCAUGUGGAAACUCCUUCUUGUGCCGUAGUCAGCAGUUCCAGCCAUCGACAACAGCAGAGAUGUAAGUGUAUACAUGUUGAUGCGCUGGAUGGUUGUGUCUGAAGUACAACAGAAUAUAAUGAUUAUACAUCAUUAUCUGAGUACCAGAUUGUGAUAACGAAAUGUUGAUAUCAUUGUAUAUCAUUCAAAGUUGAAUUUGUCUUUGAAAUACAAUGUGUAGGGUUUUUGUGUUUCUUAAAAUCAUUAUCCCACCGUUCCUUUUAUGUCUGAGGUCAGGAUGCUGUGGCCAUUAAAAAUCCUCUUUGACUUGGUUGGUUGAUCAAAGCAAAACAUUACCGAUUUAAUAAAUCCACUUCUACUGUAGAAGAAGCAUAGAAAUAAAAGGCCUGUCAGUGUUUGAUCAUUUCUCCUUCAAAAUAAAAUAAAAGGUCUGAAGAGGUAGAGAAGUAGAUUAUUUCUACACCCUAGAUCUCUGAUGGUAAAUUGUUUAUUGUAGCCUUUGAUAUGGAUGUGUUUGCAAAAAUGGCUCGCCUAAAACACUGUAGUAGGUAGUCUCUUCACACUGCCGCUGUAUCUAGAGUCUAGACUAUUUGAAUGGCAAUCACAGUCCAUUUUUGUCAUAAAUAAAAACAUUUCAA